UACAGUAGACGUUACAACUGUUUGUGUUGUGUUGUGUUGUGUUCCGUAGAAACAUUGUAUCCCAGUUGUAAACAUGCCACGCAGAGGUCCCGGAAGAAAAGACAAGGCCCAGAAGGGUCCGUUGGGUCACGAUGGAGAGGGAAAGCCUGUGUUUCUGAAGAGCAAGCUGAAAGCCAGUACAGAGACUUCGGUUCCCACAAAGAUCCCACAAAAACAAGGACCUGGGCGCAAGGGUAGUGCAACGGCUAAGAAGGCCCGAGCGGCUAGAGAAGCUGCAGCUGAAAAGGCAGAACAGGAAGCCGAGGCCCAAGAGUUGGGCUCUGACGAUGACGGUGAGCAGACCAAUCUCUUCUCCGAUGACGACGAAGACGCGGGUGCGGCGAUGAGUGCCGAAGCGCUGCAGCAGCAAAAGGCCAAGGGGUUCAGCGACAACAACCAGAGCUGGCUGAAGCUCAUGAACGCACACAAGAUGUCCUCGGAUGAGGAGGGUGGACAGGGCAGCGAUGCCGAGGAUGAGGAGAUGAUGGAUGACGAGUUUGCUGAGGCUGUUGAGGGGGAGCCCAGCGAUGGCGACGACAAAGAAUCAUCGGGGUCUGAUUCGGAUUCGGAUGAAAUGGACAUUGAGAAGAAGUCCCGAAAGAUCGACGCACAGAGGAAGCAGGAUGAAGAAGAGGACCAGGCAGCGGACAUGGAAACGGGGGAUGUGGAGUCAGAGAGGUUCAUCCUCCCCGACGAAGUUGCAGAGGGUGAGGAAGAUCCGGCAGCCACCGACUUAGUGGAGGUACAGGGGCGUAUCGGACAAGUGAUAGCCGUGCUCAACAACUUCAAGUAUCUGGCGCAAGAGGGCAAGUCGCGAGUGGACUACACCAACCGACUGAUCAAGGACCUCUGCACGUACUACGGCUACAACACCUUUAUGAUGGACAAACUUUUGGAGAUGUUCACACAGCACGACAUUGUGGAGUUCCUAGAGGCUUGUGAGGUGCCCCGCCCGCUCACGAUCCGUGUCAACGCGUUGAAGGCAAGGAGACGAGACGUAGCCCAGUCUCUCAUCGCCCGUGGUGUUAACCUAGACCCCAUCGGCAAGUGGUCUAAAGUGGGUCUGGUCAUAUUCGACUCACCCGUGCCCAUUGGCGCCACUCCAGAGUACCUCAGUGGACAGUACACCAUCCAGGCCGCGUCCUCGUUCCUGCCGGUUAUGGCCUGCGCCCCACAAGAAGGUGAGCGUGUACUUGACAUGUGCGCCGCUCCCGGCGGCAAGUCCACCUACGCCUCAGCACUGAUGAAGAACUCCGGCAUCCUCUUCUCUAACGACAUGAACAAGUCACGUACCAAGUCUCUCUCCGCCAACAUCGCACGUAUGGGCGUGCGCAACGCCAUCGUCUGCAACUACGACGGCAAGAUGUUCCCCAAGGUCAUCGGUAACUUUGACCGCGUGAUGCUGGAUGCGCCAUGCUCGGGCACGGGUGUGAUCAGUAAAGACCCCAGCGUCAAGGUCAACAAGGGCGACCGAGACAUCCAGAAGUUGUCGCAUCUGCAGAAGGAGCUGCUGCUGCACGCCAUUGAUAGUGUGGAUGCCAAGAGUAAGACCGGCGGUAUCAUCGCAUACAGUACAUGCUCUAUCAUGGUGGAAGAGAACGAGGAAGUGGUCAACUACGCCCUUAAGAAGCGCAACGUCAAGCUUGUGGACAGCGGCAUCGAGUUUGGCACGGAUGGCUUCACCAGUUUCCGCGGUAAGAAGUACCAUCCCUCCGUCAAGAUGACUAAGAGAUUCUAUCCUCACACACACAACAUGGACGGUUUCUUUGUUGCCAAGUUCAAAAAAAUUAGUAAUAAAAUCCCCGCGGGUGUGAGCGAUGAUGCGGACGAGGCUGAGGAAGAAGAGCCUGAGAUAGUGGAGGAAGUGGAGGAGGAGCCCGUUAAAAACUCCAAAAAGGCAAAGAAAUCAACGGCAUCUGCCGAUUCAGAAACUAACCGUGUGGAAGAAGUUGUAGUCGAAACGGAAUCUACGACAGAUGCACCGGUAGCAACAGAACCUGUAGCAGAAAGCACGGGCGAGUCCAGAAAACGUAAAAAGGAUAGCAAGAAGGGCAAGAAAACGUCUGAGAAGAGUGGUGAGAAGGCAUCAGUGGCCGAAACAACGGAAGAAAACGUAAACGAAAGUGAAACUGUAAGUGCGGUUGUGGAGAGUAGUGAGGAACCUGCGCAUAAGAAACAGAAGAAGGACUCGAAAAAGAGAAGUAAGAAGUCCAGCAAAAAGUCCAAGUAGGAGUAGAGGUUCACACACAUGACUUGCGGUAAGGAGGGUAGUUAGGAGAAUAUAAAACUUAUAACCAUGUAUAUAACAUUAGAAGUGAUUAAAACAUUAUUACCAACAG